UCGAAAACACAAAAUUUAUCUCUAUCUUAUGUUCUUUUUUUUUUCUUUCUCUCUCUAAUGUUUGGAAAAUCAUCCAUGUCUUCAUCCGAAACUGAAACUGAAGCAUUAUCUGGAGGAGGAGGAAGAGAAAGAGAAAAUGGGGUUCAUGAGGAUAAACAUUAUCUUGUGCCACUUGCAACUCAUGAAGAAAUUGUUAAGAAUCGUAGUGUUUUCAUGGAAACUUUUAGACAUUUUCAUUCUUUAAUUGGUACCAAAAUCAUGGUUCCUGUAAUUGGAGGUAAAGAGCUUGAUUUGCAUAUCCUGUACGUGGAAGUUACUAAAAGAGGUGGUUUUGAAAAGGUUGUGAUAGAGAAAAAAUGGAGGGAUGUGGGCAUAAUUUUCAACUUCCCACAAACAGCAACCAGUGCUUCUUAUGUUUUGAGGAAACACUAUGCAUCCCUUCUGUAUCAUUAUGAACAAGUUUACUUUUUUAAGCUUCAAUGCAGCCCUUCAUCAGUGGCAAUGCCAGUUAUUAAGAGUUUAACAUACAGACAUACUGCUGGUGGUGGUGUAAGAUGUGAUGAUUUGGUAGCAACUUCUUCUCAGUCCAUGCAAAUACAGCCAUACCAAACACCUAGUAACAAGACAAAAUCAAGUUCAGCUUUACAAUCUAAAAGUCCCAAAAAUUUGCCGGUGAUUGGAACGAUUGAUGGGAAAUUCGACUGCGGAUAUUUGGUUUCUGUGAAAUUGGGUGAUGAGAUUCUACGUGGAGUUUUAUACCAUCCACCUGCAUUUGAAUCGACUUCGACGGUUCCAACUAGUGAAAGUGCUAUUGUUCCAUAUGAUCCUAAUCUUCGUAGGAAGAGGAGGCGACGAAGAUAUGGAGACCCGGAUCGUCCGAAACCAAACAGGAGUGGUUAUAAUUUCUUCUUCUCUGAGAAGCAUUCGAAGCUUAAAAUAGUGUAUCCUAAUAGAGAAAGAGAGUUUACUAAAAUGAUUGGCGAGUCUUGGAGUAAUCUCAGUCAAGAAGAUAGAAUGGUUUACCAGAAAAUUGGGUUGCAAGAUAAAGAGAGGUACAAAAGGGAGAUGGAGGAAUACAAGGAGAAAUUGAAGCUGAAUUUUACUUCACAAGGGAGUUGGAAGAAUUGAUAUUUGAGUCUAACAGAAAGUUCAUGGAAAGAAGGGGAUGAUGAUACAUAACACUUACCACAUUACCACCUAUGUUUUUUUGACAUUUCAAAUAUGUAUUAGUUGUUUAUAUUACUUAUUUUAGUAUGUUUUUUUUCCUUCUUUUGACUCAAAGAUGGGCGAUCAAAAAUUCUUGCCAAACAGUGGGAAAAUACUACACAGAAACCCGGUACACAAUGCAGCCUUUAAAUGGGACCCCUGCUAUUUCCCACCUGCGGGGCCCACCAAUUUUCUGUGUCCGGUCGGUUUCUAUUUUGUUU